AUGCUCACGAGAGUCAACAGGCGAGCGCAGGCCAAGUGGUUGAGCUCUAUUACUUAUACACCACCAGAUUUGGCCGAUCUACCUAAGAGAUGGCCAAAAAUUAGUCCUCCUGUGAAGGAGGAAAUAAUAGAAUACUUGACGUGGAGAAUGGAGGAUGAUUGGAGGCAUAUUCCUUUUAAGGAGAUAAGGGCAAGUUACUUUGUUUCAUAUGGUGAGUGGGGUCCCAGAUCCUCUGCUGGAGAUGCCCAGGUCUCGCCAACAUUUCUAAUUUACAAAGGUUUAUUCAAUGCUCUUUUAUUCAUUGCCCUUGGGGUAUCCGUACUGAACAUAAAACGAGACAAAUCUGUAGAUAGUGCCCUCAAUCGUCUGAAAAGUCUAGAAUCCCGUUCAGAAACUCAGUAA